AUGCCUGAUCUCCCAAUUGAUGUUCAGCUCCUCAUAUUGGAACAUGUUACCUCUAAGGCCGACCUCAAAGCAUUAUGCCUGACCUGUAAAGGCGUUCGGGCUGUAGCAGUACCCCUUUUGUAUCAUACCGUCUAUCUGCGCACAUGGGAUCGUGAUGGGACCAGUCGCUUCGUUCGAAGCGUCGCGGCAGGUGCUGACCUUUAUCUCCAACAUACUCGUUCCUUGAUUUUCGAAGAUGAAAUGAGUCGAACAUGA